GGUCCAAAACCACGAGUUUGGUUUUUUUGGAUCGAAUAGUUUAUUUUGAACAAAUUUGAAUUUUAAUUCAAUGGCUCGGAAGCGGAAGAUUCCCGUGCGCAAGCACCACGGCGUCCGCGAUCCCCUCAAGCAGCAGGAGCAGAAGGAGAAAAAACUCUCCAAAGUAACCAACAAUCCGCCCGAGAGGAAGGACGAGCAGCAGGUGUCCUUCAAGUUUCGUCAGUUCCAGAAGCUGGCCGAUGCCACCAAGACGGGCAAGAAGCUGAAACUGGGUGAGAUUGGCCGGGAGGAUAGGCCGAAAUCCGGUCCAGGAGCCAAAUCCGGUGGUGGUGCCGCCUCCAAGGAAACGCGGAGCAUCAAGCAGUUUGCCAACGAGACGGACGAGGAUUAUCUGCGUCGUGUGAACCGCAUAACCAGUGCAUCCGUCCGGGAGGCCCACUACGAGGCCAAGUACGGGGUGAACGUGAUAAGGAACCCCAAAACCGGGGAGAUUACGGUCCAAAAGAGGCCCAAGAACGAGAUUGAUGAACUGCUCAAGCAGAAGCAAAAGGAGCAACGUUUGGCGGGGAAAAAGGGUCGCAAGAAGACUCAAAUAGUACAAAAAUCCACUCUGGAUGCCAAAACCAGCCGGGAGUUGGUCAAAAGAGCCUACAAGGAGGCCCAGCAAGAGGUCGAUUCGGAGGAGAAGCAAAAUGCCGGACCAACGGAAUACAAACGGGAUGUGGUGGCCUUCGGGGAGAUUGUCCAUGCACCGCCUUCCAUCAAAACCCUGCCGCGCAAGGCGGAAAAAAACGAGACAGUGCCACGACCAGGACGCAAGGCCAAUCUCCUUCUCAAAUCCAUGCUAGAUCCGGAUAAGGUUCAGUCAAACGAGCAGGAGCAGGAUGAAAGUAGUCGCUCAAAGGUGGCCGCCAAGUCCAAGAGCCCCUUUAAAACGCCCACAAAGGCGCAGAUGAAGGGCAAGCGAAAGGAUCUGCCCCUAGCCACAAGGUCCAUGCUGGAAUCCGAGCGCAAUAAAAUGGUUCUACUCUACCGCCAGCUCAAGAACAAGACGACAGCGGAUGCCUGAAGAACUUAGACUAGAUUUAUAACGUAAAUCUUAUUUUUUACCCUAACAAACCUUAAACUUAAUCACUAAUGUUACAUUUAUGCAUUUGUUACGUACUGAAAUUAAUGAGUAGUUUCGGUAUAGAAUGUUUAAAGGAUAGGAUUCUUAUUAAAUC